AUGGAAACUGGUGGAAGUACAAUGGACACUGUUGCUGCCUCAGCAAAAAAGAAAUACAGUUCUGUUCACCAGCGUUCUGUGGAGAAAAAGUUAUUAAGAAACAAAGAAAAAAAGCAACGAAGAAAAGAGCAACGUAAGCGCCUCUAUGAAGCUAAAAAGAAAGAGACACUGGAAAAAGAUGAAAAACUGUUAUUGCUAGAAAGACAAAAUUCGGUUUUAAAAAGAGAGGUUCAAAAAACCCAAAAAGUAGCUGCUUCAGGUUCCAACCGAAUGAUAUCAAUGAAUUCUCUGUCGGUAUCAAUAUUACACCAAAAUCGAAACAAAAAUGUGGGAAUUAACAGGUUUUUUACCUCAAGAAUAACCACAUUCAGACGCAGUGAUGUGAUUGACUUGGAGAAGGAUAUACAUUCCGGUGCAUUUGGGUCAGUCUUCACUGGGUACAUUAAAAGUAUUCAACAAAGGGUAGCAGUAAAGAAAAUGGAUGAGAAUUCAACCUCUUUAGAUGUUUUAGUUGAAGCAAAGAUCACUUCACACUUAGCUUCGCUUUCAGGUGGAAUCUAUUUUCCUUAUGUAUAUGGUAUUACCGACUCGAAAUGUAUUUUGUUGGAGUUUAUUGGAGAAAACAACAAAUUUUCUCCCAAUCUUAAUACCGUGAUGGAAAAAAGUGACCUAUCGAAAUCAAGUUGGAUCCAAGUGCUAACAGAAAUUUGCAAGGGAUUUAGUUUCAUGCACACCAAAAACAUUUUGCACAACGAUGUACAUAGCAAGAACAUUGUCUUACGAAACAAACAAUUCGUCAAGAUUAUAGAUUUUGGCAAAGCUACUUUAAUAUCCGACCCCUUGCGGUAUGACAUAAAGCGUGGUAGUGAAAGGCAGAAAAAAUUUAAUACUAAACAUUGUCAUCUUGCCUACGAGUUAAGGAACGUACCUGGCUCUUAUCAAAGUUUGGAAACAGAUGUUUUUAGUAUUGGAUACAAUUUUGGAAAAGUUGCACAAAGAUUAAAGUGGGAAGGAUUGGACAAAAUUUCUACUUCCAUGAUGAACAUAGUUCCGGCGAAUCGUUCUACUUUAAGCAAAGUGCACUAG